GGGCGUGGACAUCAUAUCUACUGUAAUACUGACGCAUAUCAUAGCAAGCGUUCCCUUUAUACUGUGUAGUCAUGUGAAGAUUCGCUUGCUUUUCCUUGUUUUAAUUUCUUAAGGUUUAUUUUACCUUGAUGAAUGUUUUGUCAUAGAUCGAAACAAUGAAUUGCUCUCCAACCGGUGAUAUACAACCACAGUGAUCUUGAAUGCAACCCAUGUGUUUGACAAAAAUAAUUCCGAUCAGUGAUGGGGGCAAGGAAAAAUGGUUUCCGCAGCGAAAUCGAUACACUGGAAGUAACACGCGUUUUCGUUAUUUUUUGUUUUUAUUUGCUCCGAUGAUAAAGAUUCAGCAGAUUGAUAGAAUAAAAGGCUGCUAACAGGCCGCGAGACUUAAUAUAGAUAUGGCAGCAGUUAGCUUCUCCGAACCGCUCUCUCAGCCGUGCAUUUAUCACGAAAAAUUGAAAGUUGAACUGAACGUGAAGAGACCCCUGACGCCUGUCCACCUAAACCCAGAGCAGGUGGGUCUAGAGAUGCUGUAUCUCUGUGGACAACUGGACCUACUCAUCAGGGCACAGGUACAGCAGUUCCAAGAGCAGCUAAGACAGGACUGCAGCCCCGAGGAGUCAGACACUUUCCAUGAGCAAGGGACAGAUAUUAUCGAACAGAUGCUCCAGUGCUUAGAACACCUGCCAAAACCUACGCCACAGCUGGAGGACUAUCUGGACAUGGUGGGUCUGUCAACCCUCUACCCUCGCGUCGAGGUGUUCCUCAUCCAGGGCAGUCCAGUGGACAUGCUGGAGAAACCCCAAAUGGACGACUAUUUCUGCCACAUUGGGAGACUCAAUCAGCUACUAGUACUCAGUCAGCAACUGGAAGAGGAUGUGAAACAUCUCGGGAGCCAUAAAUACAUUGCUCACCAGCUGUCAGUUAUAUAUCAAGUGCUCAACUCAUUCCGAGGCAUUGAGCCUCUGUCGAUCUUGAAGGAAGAGAUUGAGGCCAACUUCAAACAGAUGAAGACGUCUCUGGUGACAGAUAAGGGCUCCAGACAGGAGCCUCAGCUCCCAGCACAAUACAUCAGCUGGAUAUUGGAGCUGACUCACAAUAUAACCUCAACGGUGUCCUCACUACCAGAGGAGCUCACGGAGGAUCUGAGUCUAGCUAUGACAUUUGUGUCCCAGCUAUGACAUCACACCUUACCUCCUUGGUUAGGUGAAUGAAUGUUAAUGAAUGUGUUCCAAAUGUGUUAGGCCAAAUGUCUAAAAAGAGGUGCUAAAUAAUGUUAUUGUUUGAAUUUACAUUUUAACAAAUUAUUGUUUACAUUGGGAAAUAAAGUACAAUAAUUGA